CCAUCACUAACAUCUUCGUCUCUCUUUCUCUCCUAUACUCUCUCACCCAGUUCAUCCUUCUUCCAUCUCUCGUACCAAGGAAAAAUCUCUUCACUUUAAUUUUUGUAAGCCUGAAAGAUUCGAAAACUCCAGAAGAACAGCAUAGAUUACUAAGAACAACAGUUGAUUCCAUUUCUUUUAACUCGACAGCUCGAUGAUCUGCUCAGCGUAUACACCAAGUUGCACUUUUUACCAUUUUCAUGUCAACAAGCCCGCUUGUCGGAAACCGAGGUUUCGGGUCUGUUCAUCCACUUCUAGCGAGAGUGACAGGUUCAAAGUAGAGUACACUCCGUGGCUUAUCGUAGGGUUGGGUAAUCCAGGGAACAAGUAUCAUGGAACAAGACACAAUGUUGGUUUCGAGAUGAUUGAUAAGUUGGCUAGGAAAGAAGGUGUUUUGAUGAACACAAUACAGUCCAAAGCUCUGAUCGGAAUAGGUGCUAUAGAAGAGGUACCUAUCUUGUUGGCUAAACCCCAGACUUACAUGAACUUCAGCGGCGAAUCGGUUGGAUCUUUAGCUGCACACUAUCAAGUACCAUUGCGCCACAUUUUGCUCAUAUACGAUGAGAUGGCAUUACCAAAUGGGGUUUUGAGACUUCAACCAAAAGGAGGUCAAGGCUAUCACAACGGAGUAAAGAGUGUAAUGGGGAACUUGGACGGUCGUAGAAACUUUCCUAGACUAAGCAUAGGCAUUGGUCAUCCACCUGGAAACAUGGAUAUGAAAGCUUUCCUUCUUCAGAAGUUUAGUCCAUCGGAACGGAAACAGAUUGAUGAAGCACUCGAGCAAGGGAGUGAAGCAGUGAAGACUCUUGUCCUCUGUGGUUUCAGUGAAGGAAUCUCAAGAUUUAAUCUUGUCCAGAAGUAUAAAUUCCACAAAGUAUAAUUGAUAAAAAAAAAUGUAGCUAUGCGUAUUGGUUUAGCAUUUUCAAAUGACUUAUUCUUGGGUUCACCCCUAAAGUGAACCUAGAGGUUCA